UCAACGCCAGUGUUUACGUUUACAAUCGCCGGAAGUGAACACAUAAACUCAACAUGGGGACGCGUUUGAAGGUCCUACGGGUGUUUAAAACCCUGCACAGAACAGGGAGGGAGGUUUUUAAAGAUGAUGAAAGAGCACUGACAGCUGCAAGAUUAAAAAUCAAUGAAGAAUUCAGGAAAAACAAAGAAGAACCAUCAGAAGAAAACAUUCAGAAGAUGAUUAAAAUGGGCUCAGAUGUGGAAACUGUUCUUCGGCAGGCGGUUUUACAAGUGGAACACGUUGGAGAACGUCAGCUCUUGCUUCGACCCAGAGAGAGCCUCCUGCUGGAAAACGUACCGUAUUGCGACGAACCCAGGAAAAAGUCAUGAUGGAGUAUCUCAUUGUGUCUUAUUCAUAAGCAAAGACUCUCAUUCAUCACUGUCUCAUGCAGUUUAAUGGAUUUACCUAAAAGCAUUUGAAGUUGUUCCUCAGCAAACGCAUUAUAAAGACUUUCAAUGAUCCAAGGAUGCUUUAUUGUCACAUUCAGAAGACCUUAAGUGAAAUUAAAGUUCCUCCAAACUAAGUGAGCUUUAUUUUUUUUUAAAUAAGUUUAAAUAAAUGUGCUUUCAAAUUGUUGAAUCUAAUAAAAAAAUGUGUACACACUGA